GGAAAGUGAGAGGAUCUUCUUAGCUUAGUGCAGAUUGCUGCAGUGAGAGGACGAGAGGGAUGCUGAGCCCGAAGGUGCUUUAAAACAUCAGGGAGGAUUGGAUAUUUCAUGUAGCAUCCCAUCCAGUCCUGGAAGUUUUACUUUUUUUUUUUUUUUUUUUGCUUCUGUUUUCAUUCCUCAAGCCUGGAUUUUAGGUUUUGGGUUGGACACAUUUAUGGGUUGCUGGUAGAACGCAGGACAGGUGACUCACAAUGGCCGUGGCUUUGGAUGCAGUGUGGGUGAGGGUGAAGAACGUCUGUAAACAGAAUGGGCUCCUCAUCAUGUCGGUGCUGGCUGUGGUCAUUGGUUGUCUUUUGGGAUUCUUCCUGAGGACACGGCGCCUCACAGAGCAGGAGGUGAAGUACUUCCAGUUUCCUGGAGAGCUGCUGAUGAGGAUGCUGAAGAUGCUGAUUCUCCCACUGGUCGUGUCCAGUUUGAUGUCAGGACUGGCAGCCCUCGACGCCAAGUGUUCCAGUCGGCUCGGUUUGAUCACAGUGUCAUAUUACCUGUGGACCACCUUUGUGGCCGUGGUAGUGGGGAUCAUCAUGGUCUCCAUCAUCCACCCAGGUGGUGCAGCCCAGAAAGAAGACUCUGAGGACAGCAGCAAGCCUAUCAUGAGUUCUGCUGAUGCUCUGCUGGACCUUAUCCGCAACAUGUUCCCAUCUAAUCUGGUACAGGCCACAUUUCAGCAGGUAAGACCUUUGAUAUCACACAGCACUUUCAAACACAAAGGCUUUUUUUUAGGACUUAAAUGCAGGCAUUUUGCUGCUUCUGUUUCUAUUCCCUGGCAACAGUAUCGAACAAGUAGCGAGUACAUUGUGAAAUCCAAGCCAACGGUGAGUCAGGCCCAUUCAGAGUCCACCACACGGCGAGCGCUAAUCUACGGUAUCCAGGAUGAUAAUGGAACUGACAUCCAGAACUUCGCCCUUGACCUGACUCCACCUCCUGAUGUGCUCAUACGCACUCGAGAAGGAACAAGUGAUGGAAUGAAUGUUCUUGGAAUUGUUAUUUUUUCCGCCACCAUGGGUAUUAUGUUGGGAAGGAUGGGGCCAAAUGGCAGCGCUUUGGUCAACUUCUGCCAGAGCCUGAAUGAGGCCGUACUUAGAAUUGUUGCCAUUGUUAUAUGGUACUUCCCGUUUGGCAUCGUGUUCCUGGUGGCCGGUAAGAUCCUGGAGAUGAGUGAUCCGUCAGCCAUGGGGAAAAAGCUGGGUUUCUAUGCCGUCACUGUGGUGUUCGGUCUUGUCUUGCACGGCUUGUUCAUCCUGCCUGCCAUGUACUUCUUCAUCACCAAAAAGAGCCCCAUUGUUUACAUACGGGGGAUCCUGCAAGCCCUGCUCAUCGCCCUGGCAACCUCUUCCAGCUCUGCCACAUUGCCUAUAACCUUCAAGUGCCUCUUAGAGAACAACCACAUUGACCGCCGCAUCAUCCGUUUUGUGCUCCCUGUGGGCGCCACCAUCAAUAUGGAUGGCACCGCUCUCUAUGAGGCUGUGGCAGCAAUAUUCAUCGCACAAGUUAAUAAUUACGAGCUGGACUUUGGCCAGAUCAUCACUAUCAGUAUCACAGCAACUGCAGCCAGUAUCGGUGCAGCAGGGAUACCUCAAGCCGGACUGGUCACCAUGGUGAUAGUGCUAACAUCCGUCGGGUUGCCAACCGAUGACAUCACUCUCAUCAUUGCAGUAGAUUGGGCAUUAGACAGAUUCCGCACCAUGGUGAAUGUAAUGGGGGAUGCUUUGGCCACAGGCAUCAUGGCACACAUCUGCAGGAAGGACUUCAUGAAAGAGGGAGAUGGGGUGCCUUUGAUCUGUGAGACCAAACCCGCGAUGAACAAUCCACCUCUGAUGAAUUGUCACAACAACAAUGGCAACUACCGGCCCCCUUCUUCAGGGGUCAAACACGAACUUAUCCCUUCCGAUGUGGCCCGGCUGAUGCAGCUGGAGGAGGGCGUCCGGCCGCCUUCAGAGAGGAAGAAGCCUCCGAUUCCCCCAAGGCACCUGAAGAAGAGCAAAGAACACUGCGCCAUUGACAUGAAUGGUCUUGAGACCAACGUAUAGCUUCCUCCUGGAAUUUGAUGGGUUGUCUGUGUAGAUGUGCCGAUCAGAACCUCGGAACAAAGGACACCUAUACAGGUGGGAGGACGGCACGGCCAGGCUCCUCUUUAUCUAUCAGCUUAUUAAGGGGUCAGAACUCAAGGUGACAAGAUGUCCUGAUAACUAAGAGGAAAGUCUGUUGCUUUAUCGUCAUUAUAGCAGUGAAAUACUUUCUGUAAGACAGGACAAGCAUCACACAUACAGUGGAAUUCAUGACACCAGAAGGACAACAAUAUUUUAUUCAUAAAUCUCAUCCGUGGUGUGGACCUGCAGCGUGAGCUCGCACCUAAACUCCCAGACUGUGAACACAGGUGUGAGUACUUGCAUUGAUUAACUGAUUUCUAUUUGAUAUCUACGUUUUAUAUGAUUUAUUAAUUUAAUUAACAUGUUAAUAAGACAAGUGUUUAUUAUAUUUUCUACUACUGCAAGCAACCAGUCAUUUGCGUCAUAUCAGAGACAAGGCAGGAUUGCAAGUGUCUGGUUUGAGCUAAAUGUUCAGGAGGCAAAGUGAAAUGCCCUAAUUGUUUAAUUUUGCCUUAACAAAGCUGGUGGUGCUAGGCUGACAGGGAUGACAGGGAAGAGAGGACUCAUGUCAUGACUCAUGACUCCCUUAUGGUCAUGUUAUAACUUUAAUAAGCGGGCAAAAUAGAGAUUUAUAUGGUUUCAAGUAUUUGAACAGCCUCAGGAGCACUUAUUUAAAUAAACUUUCCUGGCACUUGAGCAGCCUAAAAACAACCACUGGUAAUUCAACAUAAACAAAGAGGCCCUUGUUUGUUGGUUGAGUGGAUUUUUUUUACUAUCUGCAAUAUAUCAAACAAGAUCUGAACAUCUACAACACACGAACUCACAGGUUUUCUACUGUAUUAGUUGAUGUAACUUUUCACCAUUAUGCGCUGAAGCCAUUUAUUAAAAGUGAGGCUUGGAUGUUUUCAGGUCUGUCUUAAUAUAAUAUUUAUUCCCAUGUAUGUGGAAAGAGUUAUUUGGUCAUUGUAAUCAUUCCUCCUGUCCAUACUGGCCAUGAAGUGAUUGUGCCCUAGCACAACUCUAUUGUGAGAAAUAGGGGAGAAAAUCUACUCCUUUGUUCAUUCAUUCACUGCUCAUUCAUAUAAUAGACACUCUAGUUUGCUUUACAGUGAAGAGAAAAUUGAAAUUUUAGACACUUAUGAAUCAUCAUCAUUGUACGUCAUCACUGACAGGUGUAGUCAUGGAUGUAUUUUAUAAACCGGAUACUGGACUCAAAGAUAGUGCCCACUUAUGCCAAACGCAUAUGCCAAAAAAGUUUUGUAGCUUCCGGAUUUGCUUCCGCGUUGUAUGGCCCACUGCACAUGUGAAUUAGCGUUUCGCCCACUCGGCCCAUAGACUUUACAUUGGGAUAAAUAAAAUAAAAGUUAUCUCUUUUUUAGGCUCUGGGAAAGUUUAAAACCUGGAUUAAGAAUUCAUAAUACAAGUAGUAAUAAUUUGACCUUCUUUUGCAGUUGGACAGUAUGAUCAGGAGGAAUUAUUACAGCAUGUGAGCAUUGUAUUAAAAUAGACUUGAAAAAAUCAUGUGCAAUUUCUUUAUAGUACAUUUCACUCUUGUCACAUAAAGGUUUCAGUUUACUCUUGUCAAAUACUAGGCUACAUGUAUCUUAUUUUAUCAACCAUUUCAGAGUGCUUCUCAAUGUUUUGAUGUACAACAGGCUGCCAACAUUUUUCCCAUGGGAAGAUUCUUUCUACAGUACCUGGCUUAUAUAUCAACUCGUUCUCACUCCCAACGCAUCAAAUACUGCAGCCUGGUCAGUGGCUGUACGCUUCAGGCUACAUCCACACUACUGUGUUUUCAUUUCAAAACAAAAACGAUCUCCUACCAGAAGAGCGUUUCAGCCCCGUUUCAGAAAUAAUCUCCGUCCAUACUAACACGCCUGAAAACGCAUAUCACGUGGCUAUUCACGUACACUGGGCAUGCAUGGGCCGGUGUAAACAGGAAGCAGAUUGUCUACUAUGCACAGUUGUAGUAAAUACUGCGAACGAAGAACAGCAAUGGCGAAAAGUAAGACCAGAGAUUUCUUUGCUUGGACCGACGAGGAGGCAUAGACAAGGUCAGCUGGUAGUCGAGGCUGAUGUCUUUGGUUGUUUUUGGGGUAUUGCGGUGCUGACGGACCCGACCAAUUUGAAACGUGUUCCACGGUCCAUGCUGUAGAUAUAAAGAGUGUGAAAAGUUCACGUAGAGAGGAGGUCAGGGUGGUUUGAUGGGUCAAACACAGGACUUUCACCCAGGAGUUCGCUGUUUGUUUCCCGUGUAAAACCAAUAGUUAACGUUGAAUUCUUUUUCACUUAUAUAACUUAACUAACUUAAGUUACGUAACUUAACUUACGUAACUAACAUACUUAUUUUAACCCAAACCAUGAUCUUUUCGUAAACCUAACAAAGUAGUUUUGGUGCCUAAACCUAACCAAACUGCGACCGUUUCACAACGUGUUUUAUUUUGAAAGUCUAACUGGCCGUUGCAUAUUUAUUAUUGCUAAGUUGACCGCGGAGUUCUGCACAUGCAAAACUGACGCUAGCGGGGUACAUAGAGCGUCAUAGUUUGAAGCGUAGGGCCACAGACCAAGCUGCCGUAUUUGACGAGUUGGGAGUGAGAACAUGUUGUAUAUUUAUGAUAUUGAACAUAAUAUCUGCACUAGCUGCAUAUUUGAGACGAAUGAGAAAUGAGCAGUGGCACUGUCCUGUGUGGGAGAACCUGCUGAAAAUAUCAGAUGUUCUGGUGAAUGUUAGGAAACGCACAGUCUUCUUCAGCCUUUUCAAAUAAUUUAUUGCUGUGUUCAAUGACUGUAUAUGUGACAAUACUAUACUGCUGUAUGUGAAAGUGACACUGUAUUCAUAGCAAUAUAGUGAGUGUAAUAGGAUGAGUAUUUUCGAUGUCAUAUAAAAAAUAUUUGCUAUCUUUUUUUAAAAACAGGAAUGGACUGAAGUAGCAGCAGCAGCACGGAUUGAAGCUUCAGAUAUGUCGAAAUUGCUGUUAUGUUGGAAUAUUUCAUUCACAAGCACAUGGCAAAAGAAUAACAUAAAAAUGAUGAUGAUCAAGA